UAGUAGUAUCUGUAGUUGGCAGUGAGGACGCUACUCAUUUUGAGUCAGUUACGGAGGUUCCCACAGUUACCCAAUCAAACUGCUCUGAACACUUACUUGACAGUGAGAUGCAUAAAUUGCAGGACAUUCUGACCUCAGCAAAUGUUCAAGACCCAAACAAGUAUCCUUCAACAUCCAAAUCAUGGUGCUUGCGCCAAUCAGUAGCCCAAGAGGAGUGGCAGAAAGCAAGGUCCUAUCACAUAAACUGCUUGCUGUCCUGCAAUGUGGUUCCAGAACAGAACUGCAGCCACUGCACAUCUCCUGCCAUCAUUCGCUGCAAAGACUGCAUGCCAGAAGAGUGGCUGUGUAUGGAGUGUGACAUACACAUACACAAAAAACUCACCAUUCAUAACAGGGAGUCCUGCAUUGAGGGAAUUUACAAGCCCAUUGAGCCAACAGUGUGCUGUGUAAAAAAAGAUGGCAAAUAUACACUGGGCAAUCAAGUGUGUUUAUUGCCUACAGUGAGACCUGUCCAUUUAUGCACUUGUGACCCUGUAAACAUCACUGAAUCAGCUGGCAGAGCAAUCGUUUUGGUUUGCAUAAAUGGUCGGUAUGAUUUGCAUUUGCCAAACUUGUUGUGCAAAGUAUGUCUGGCACAGUGGACACCUGACAUGAGUGACCUAAUAAGAAGUGGGUACUGGCCAGCAUCUGUGAAUGCUGACACGCUGUUUUCAGUGGAUGUCUUCAGCACAUUUGAAGAAAUGAAAACUAUUGCACCCAGUUUAUCAAGACAAGGUUUUUUGCAGAUGUUGGAGAGGAGGACUUGUCACUUUGGAAGGGUAAGAUCAGUGUGGAUCAAAGUUGGAGACUCUAAAAUUGCCCAAGGUGUGAAUGGGAGUAUUUAA